CACGACCAUGAGCAGCUCGGAUCAGGAUGCCAGAGCGGGCUGACGCUGGCGCUGUCGCCAAAUUCAGGCACGCCUGCUCGCCCCGGCUUCCUUCUGCCCUGCGGCUGCCGGCUGCGCGAGAGUGCUCAUACGGCGCCCAGCGUCAGAGCGACGUGUCAGAGCGCCGCCUACGCUGUGCCUGGAAGUGUGGCUGUGUAUCGAUGUGAUACUCCCCGAAGAGGGGAGGCAGCGGCG